AUGCAAAAUUCCAACCAGGCUGAGCCCAAAAGAGCGAGGCUAAAUUCAAAAGGGAGCGUACCGCCAUCUCGUCCGGGCGGACAUGAGAGCAUAAGCGAUGCGUUCGGCAGCGAUAUGGAAGUAUCCGAUGAAGAUGAUAUAUCUGACAACGGCCAGAAUGGCUUAGAUGAUGCACGCAAUGCAUUGAAGAAUCUGCAGAUGGCGAUCGAAAAGGCAGGGAAAAGCGACACCUUUGCGAAGGACAUGGAAAAAAAAGUGAGAACUGAGGAGAGAAGACUCAAGAACAUGUUCGAAAAAGAAGAUGAGGAGUGGCACAACGAAGAUGAGAAUUUCCAAUGCCAGUUCUCUUCCUUGAUGAUAGCAGUUCUAUCAUCCAGGCGAGUUAAGGCCAAUGUAACCUCGAACGGUACCGGAGAUAAAACUGUAAUAUCGGAUAGCAUGCAAUCUGCAGCCAACCACCCUCUAUACCUCAAAACGCAGGGACUCCUUGAGUCUGCUCGUAAUCUAGUCAGUGAGCUAGACAGCAUUGGUACCCAUGCACUAAAAGCCAAGCUUCCCCAGGACCCAAAGGAAGGACUUGAGAAAGACACAGCAGAGGCACGCCGUCUUAUUGCUCGGGGCGCAGAAGCAACCGCACUGGCAAUAGAGAAACAGCUGGUAUAUAACGGGCACAAAGGUCAAUUGCGAGAUAGAAAGGAGGAGGCAUUCUUGAAUGACAUCAACUUGCAGGCAAUGCUUGACAUGGGAAGAGACGCUCUGAAUGAAGGCCCUGGCAACGGCAUCAAGCCUCAGAGCUGGGGGAUCGUGGCACGCCAUCUGCAAAGGGGAAUGUAUGAGCUCGUCAAGGCCUUGCCUCGGGCAAACUGA